AUGAUCAACAGGCUUGGUCAGCGUCUCAAGGAGAACUUUCAUGAGACCACCCGCGACUUCAACCUGCCUAUCGGCGGCCUCGGAGGCGGCACCGCCUCGGCCGCCUACUUUGACGUCUCCGAGGACAAGAUCUUUGAGAUUUCAAAGCUUCUCGAAAGCCGCGCCGAGGCCGAGCGCCUCGAGGGCAUGAAGCGCAUCAUUGCUGCCAUGUCCAAGGGGCGCAACAUGGAGGCUCUCUUCGCCCAAGUCGUCAAGAAUGUUGUCGCGAGCAGCGUCGAGAUCCGCAAGCUCGUCUACAUCUACCUCCUCCGCUAUGCCGGCACGAACUCGGACCUACUCCUGCUCUCGAUCAACACGUUUCAGAAGGACCUCAGCGACCCCUCCCCGCUUAUCCGCUCCAUGAGUUUGCGUGUGCUCACGUCUAUUCGCCUGACAGCAGGUAUCGUGAUGCUCGGACUGAAGAAGCUCGUGAACGACCGCAACCCUUGGGUGAGGAAGGCAGUCGCCGCGGGUCUGUCCAAGGUAUACGACAUGGACUCGUCGACGAGGUCAGAACUGCUCCCGCUCCUGCAGACACUGCUAGGCUCGCCCUCCCCUCUGACGCUGGGAGCGACGUUGACGGCCUUCGCUGAGAUCUGCCCCGACCGCCUCGACCUCCUGCACCCCUACUAUCGUCACCUGUGUCGUCUGCUCGUUGACGCCGACGAAUGGGGACAGAUCGUGGCGUUGGACGUGCUGACGCGGUACGCGCGGACGCAGCUCGAGAAGCCCUCAACGGCGGGAGCCGUCAAGCCGUCGUCCACGACAGACUCGUACGAGGGGCUCGAUGGAGACCUGGCCAUGCUGCUGGAUCACGCAAAGCCGCUGCUGCAGAGCCGGAACGCCGCGACACUCCUCGCCACAGCAAUCAUGUAUUUCCACCUCGCGCCGGCGGGGCACACUGCGAUCGGGCAGGAACUCCUCGUGCGGCCCCUCCUGCGCCUGGCGGGGUCCAGUACGGACGAGAUUGCGGCACUUGCGUGGGACGUCGUCGCCGCUAUGGCCGAGGAGCGGCCGUGGCUUUUUGCCUCGUACGCGGCGCAGCUGUACGUCCGCGGUACGGAUGGACUCGUUGCCAAGCGCGCCAAGGUGCGCGCUCUAGUGGCUCUCACGGGACCGGAGAAUGCCGAGUCUCUUGUCCGCGAGUUCAGGCAUUACGCCAACCUGCCCGAGGACAGUGUCAGCGCUCUCGCCGUCUCAGCGCUAGGUCAUUGCGUGCGCACGCAACCGUCUGUCGCUGAGGUCGCUCUCCGCAGCCUCAUGCGUCUGCUCAAAUCGCCCCGCCCUGCCCUCGUGGCCCAGUCUGUUGUCGUGCUCAAGGGCAUCGUGCUCGCUGCAGCCGUGCCGAACCCGCAGAAGCUCGUCGCCCGCCUCGCCCGUCAGCUUGACAACAUCACGAACCCCGCCGCUCGCGCGAGUGUGUUCUGGCUCGUGGGCCAGUUCGCGUCCGAUCCGUCAGCCGACGCCGUCGUUGGCUGGGAGGGCGUGGCGCCCUGGGUACCCGAUGUGCUGCGCAAGGGCGUGCGCGGAUUCACGGGUGAGGAGGCCGCUGCCAAGCUGCAGGUCCUCUCGCUGGCGGCCAAGCUGCUCGUGCUCUCGCCCAACGCUCAGCUCGAGAAGUUUGCGCAGUACCUCUUCGCCCUGGCACGGUACGACAAGGACUACGACGUUCGUGACCGCGCCAGGUUUUUGGCUGCUCUGCUGCGUGGCGUGCGCAACACGCCGAAGGAAGAGGGUGCCGAGGAGGAAGAGGAGGAAGUCGGCGGUGUGGUGCUUCGUCGUGAGCAGGUCCGCCAUGUGCUUCUCAGCACGAGGAGCGUGGACGACGACGGCCCCUCCAAGUCCGACUACAGGGUCGGUUCUAUGUCCCGCUCAGCUGGACACAAGCUGUCCGACUACGCCGAGCUGCCCGAGUGGACUGAUGACCCCACCGACUCCUCACUUCGCGAGUUAGACAAGACGGCCCCGCAGUUCGCAGCCCUGCCUCCCACCUCUUUUUCCUCCGACUCCAUGCCGCCCAGCUUACCCCCGCCAAUGGCCGCUGUCCGGUCAAGAAGCUCGAAUGCGCCGUCGCCAGCACACUCGUCACCGGCGAGCGCGAGCGUCCCGCACACUACGAAGAGCAAGUUCAGGGAUCUGGACGAUUUCUUGAACUCGUCGGAGAGCGAGAGCGAGGAGUCAUAUGAGGAAGAAACCGAGGAAGAGGAGGAGGAGGAAGAAGAGGAAGGGGAGACUGAAGAGGAGACAGACGAGGAGAGCAGCAGCGACGACAGCGACUAG